CUGCGGCAGCUCGGCCGCGUUGAGCAGACGCGGGGCGAGACGCCUUCGUCUCCGCGGGUCGCCAGCCCGGAGCUCGGGCCGGCGCCAUCGCUGAGCUGUGCUCUUCCCUAAGAGAGGGCGACAGGAGAACCCAGUGACACGAAACUUUCUUGGCUAACUUCAGCAGCCAGAGGUGUCAGCUGAGCAGGCUGUGGGCAGCUGUUGGCUGAACGUCAAACUGAUCUCUGCAGAGCAAAGCCCUUGGGGCUGCUGGCGGGGGCUGUGGCGCGGGAGCUGGCCCAAAAGAAGAGGGAGGAGCAGUAAGUGCAGUACUCUUGGGAGGGCUUUUUGCACUUCACGUGCCGUUUUCAUAAGGAAGCGGAGGAAGUUCGGGCCGGACAAGGCUUAGCACUAUAGGCAGGGCUUUCACCGAUGACUUGCAUGAUGCAUUGGAAGGUACUUUUAUCAAGCUGUCAGAGGAUGCUGUGCUGCAAGGGAUGGCUGAACUUGAUCGGUAAAAGUUAAUUCAGUAAAGCAAAGUACAACAGGAUGUGCGCUAAGAGCACUGAAAUGGAACGUCGUCGUAGGAAUUUGCAAGGUGCAGGGCUGCUGAGCUGCCAUGGGGAACACUACUAGUGAGCGACUGUCUGGAGAGCGCCAUGGCUCCAAGUCCCACCGCUCGGACGGCUCCGGCACUCCCCAUUCUACCAAGGAGCACCCGCACAAGAUCAUGGUGGGCAGCACUGACGACCCCAGUGUUUUCAGCUCCCAUGACUCCAAGGUUCCUGGGGACAAGGAGUUCGUAUCCUGGCAGCCAGAUCUGGAGGAGGCAGUGAAACCAUCCCAACAGGCUCGUCCCACUGUCAUCCGCUGGGCUGAUGGGGGCAAAGAGGUCUUCAUCUCUGGGUCUUUCAACAACUGGAGUGCCAAGAUCCCACUCAUCAAGAGCCACAAUGACUUUGUUGCUAUCCUGGACCUCCCUGAAGGAGAGCACCAAUACAAAUUUUUUGUGGAUGGCCAGUGGGUCCAUGAUCCUUCUGAGCCUGUGGUCACCAGCCAGAUGGGGACAAUUAACAAUUUGAUUCAUGUCAAGAAGUCUGACUUUGAGGUGUUCGAUGCUUUGAAGGUGGAUUCUCUGGAGAGCUCAGAAACCUCAGGUCGGGAUCUGUCAAGCUCACCACCUGGACCUUAUGGCCAAGAGAUGUACGUCUACCGGCCUGAGGAGCGCUUCAAAUCCCCACCCAUCCUCCCACCUCAUCUCCUCCAGGUCAUCCUCAACAAAGACACCAACAUCUCGUGUGACCCAGCUCUGCUGCCUGAACCCAACCAUGUCAUGCUCAACCACCUCUAUGCACUCUCUAUCAAGGAUGGCGUGAUGGUGCUCAGUGCCACGCACCGCUACAAGAAGAAGUAUGUCACCACACUGCUGUACAAGCCAAUCUGAGCAGGGGGCCUCAUCUGCCCCCCCACGCAGGACAUGAAGUGCCACUUUGUCUGCACAUGCUGGGCCACGGGACUUUGUGAGAACUGGCUGCUGGCUCCAGCCUCGCACCUGGCAGGGACGCACGCCCCAGUGAUGAGCCCAGGCCUGCUGGGGCCUGUGACACUGUCCCAUCCUACCAGUGUGGCUUGAUUUAACCCUUGGUUUCUACCCACCUACAGCUCUGUUGGCUUCUGCAAAUCCCUGGAGCCACUUUGUUUUCUGCUCACCGAAAUCACCUUCCCCAGCUCCCCCCACAGAGAGGGCUUCACCCUACCCUCUUCUCCAGCCUGCAGGGUCCCUGAGGCUGUCCUAGCACUGCCCUGCUGGCCCCAGCCCAGGCCUGCAGGGAGCACCUCCUCCCCGCUGAAUUUGCUGUGUUGCUCUGGUGACAUCCCUCCAAGGUCACCUUGGGCUCUAGGCACUCUGCCACGUGCCCCUCAGCCCUGGCCUUGGGGCUGCCCCCUCCUGGCACUCCCCAGCUUCAGAGAGUGCUCUUACCUCCGGCGGGCGGACGGCUGCAGCACCAACCCUCUCGGGUUCAGCGUCCAGCCAGAGAGGAGGGUGCUGCUGGGUGCGGCUGCGCUUUACCUACCUGCCACCAGGACAGCGCUGGUGAGGCCUGAGCGGCCGCCCUGUCCUCGCUUUGGAGCGCUUCCACGGGGCAGGGCUCGCUUCAUCACAGCUUGGAGGGGCACCCGUGCCCGCUCGCACUAGAGGGGUGCCCAGGGAGAGCGGAGCAGGGCAGAUACCCCAGGACCCUGGCUCCAGCUACACUGUCAGCUGCUGGGGCAGUGCCAUGUGACAGGGUUUUCUCUAUUUAUUACAGUAUUUAUUGUUCUCA